UUACGUUUCGGCUUACGCUCGUAGAUCAUGUCGCGCGGAGAGCGUCGCUAACGUGCGCGACUCCUGCCUAUAUGAAGCCGCGACGAGAGCAAGCAGACGCCUCGCCGACAUCACCACUCCGCUCUCUCUCUCUCUCUCUCUCUCUCUCUCUCUCUCUCUCUCUCUCUCUCUCCAUUUCUUUCGGCUUUUGUUGUGCGGUGCAUAACAUUGGGAGAUGUCGGCAGCGGCGGCAUGGAUGGAGCCGAGGCUGGAAGUGGACAAGUUGAGCUACGAGAUCUUCUCGAUGCUGGAAAGCGAGUUCCUUUACGACGACCACAAGCUGUUGCUCCGCUCCACGCCCGCCGCACCCGCCGCCUCCUGCGCAGUCGCUGGCAGGGUGCGAGUUCUUUCCGUCGACGCUGCUGAAGGCGUCGUCACAGGCGCCACCCUCGGCCGCCUCGAGGCCUCCCUCCGCAAGCAGUCCGGCGAUCCCGACGCCCGCGUUGCCGACUUCUUCGACCUCGCAGCCGGGUCGGGCUCCGGGGGAGUCCUUGUCGCCUUACUCUUCACCCGCGGCCCCGACGGCCGACCCCUCUUCUCUGCUGCGGAGGCCCUCCGCCUGCUCGCUAAGCACCGCCGCCACCUCGUCUCUGGUGCUCGGCGGAAGGGGAUACUGGGGGGCCUUCUCUGCCGAUCGGGAGGUCUGCUCCGACGGGUGUUCGGGAACACAACGCUGCGGGACACACUGAAGCCAGUGCUCAUCCCGUGCUACGACCUGGCGACGGGAGCACCCAUCGUGUUCUCGCGGGCGGACGCCGUGGAGGCGGACGGCUAUGACUUCCGUAUGGAGGAGGUGUGCGCCGCCACGUGCGCCGGGCCUGCGGCAGUAGAGGUGCGCUCCGUGGACGGUCGGACGAUGAUCCGGGCGGUCGGGGGCCGGCUGGCGAUGGGGAACCCAACGGCGGCAGCCGUCACCCACGUGCUCAACAACCGGCACGAGUUCCCCACCGCCGGCGGGGUGGAAGACCUCCUCGUCGUCUCGAUCGGUGGAGCAGAAGCCCCGGCACCACACGGCAAGGCCCGGGCGCUGCUCUCGGAAGCGGAGCUCGUGAGGAUCGCCAGUAGCGUCCACGCUGACGUCGUGGAUCAAGCUGUGGCGACAGCGUUCGGGGAGUGUCGGGCCACCAAUUACGUACGGAUCGAGGGCAACGGGGCGGUGCCGGGGACGACGACCGCGGCUGCAGCGGGGGAGGGGAUGUUGAGAGAGAGGGGGGUGGAGUCAGUGCUGUUCCGGGAGAGGAAGCUGUCGGAGCGGACCAACGAGGAGAAGCUGAACCUGUUUGCGGCGGAGCUGAUCAAGGAGCAGGAGCGGCGGAAGCAGAGCACCGUGCCCGCGGUUGCUCUGAAGACCUCAGUGACGCCCUUCGAGUCCUCCUCAUACUCCACCGCUACCUCCGCCUGAUCGCGGUUGACGUUGGCCGAUCCUCUUGUCGGGUGCAUGCAGUUUGUUUCACCGGCAACCUCAAAGCAUGUCUUAAGUCCAUCGUGAGAGUUAACUCGAUCAUAUUAAUAAUAGAUGGCAUAUAUUAAGUGAGAAUAA